UACAAAUUACAAAUUUGUAAUGAAGUAUUUGGAUCAGAGAUGACAAAUGGAGGUUUUAUCUGUGAAAUGCUUUCCGACAUCUUCUUCCUUACAAGGGCAACUUAUAAUUAUCAUUUUUAGUACUAAUCUUUCGGUUGUUUCAAUUUAACCCCCGAACUUACAAGAUCGUUUCAGUUUAAUAAACCCUCCUCCCUCUUUUGCCUGACUCGAUAUUGGCUUAGAAUCUAGCUCAAACCAAAAAAGAGGCGAAGAGUGGCGCUGCAGCAGUUUGUGAAACUACCCAUCUUAAUGAGACGGGCUAAGGCCUACAUGCAUCUGUCUUUCCGAAGUUUUGCUACUUCAAAUUCAGGGAAGAUUCGAGUACAGAGAAAGAAAAAAAGACUUGAUGAAGUAUGUCUUGAAAGAUAUCAGCAGUAUAGCCGAACAUUCAUACAAUCAUGGAUUCAGCAAGGCAAAGUAGUAGUUCAUGGAAAAGUGGUAAACAAAGCUGGAACGCCAAUCUCUGACAAAGCUGUUGUGGAGAUCAAGGCUGAAGUUCCAAAAUAUAGCAGGACACAAGUUAGGGGUGCCAUUGAACAACUAGGGAUUGAUGUUUCUGGAAAGGUAGCUCUUGAUUCAGGGUUAUCAACUGGAGGAUUUACUGAUUGCUUACUUCAGCAUGGUGCUUCAUUUGUUUAUGGAGUUGAUGUAGGAUAUGGACAGGUAGCAGACAAAAUUCGUCGAGACAAUCGCAUAUCUGUCAUAGAACGGACAAAUCUAAGAUAUCUUUCAGAACUCCCACAAAUGGUUGAUCUGGUCACUUUAGACCUUUCCUUUAUUUCCAUACUAACAGUCAUGCCUGCUGUGAUCAGUCUGAUGAAAGAAGAAGCUACACUAGUUACUUUGAUUAAACCUCAAUUUGAGGCUCGCAGAUCCCAAGUGGGAGGCAGGGGAAUUGUGAGAGAUCCUUUAGUCCAUCAAGAGGUGAUUGAGAAGAUCAUAAGGGGCGUACAAGAUCAUGAAUUUCAUUGCAAAGGUUGGAUUGAGUCUCCUAUUAAGGGAGCUGAAGGAAACAAAGAAUUUCUGGCCUGUUUUAGCCGACUGGCUACCAGAGACAUUAUUCCAAUUUCAAACGUGCCUGAGCACAAAGAAAACUAAACUUUUCCAGGGUUUUAGGCAAUCCACAAAAUUGGCGACUUGGUAAUUGAAGAAUAUACUAGGAAGUUUGCCUUUUUUUGUACAAAGGUGUGACUAGAGUUCCUUCUCUGCAUAAGUAUUCUUUUUAUAUUUCCUGAGCAGUUCCACUUAUCAGCCAGAGAUGGUAAAACAGUAGCACUAGUACAGUUUACAACAGAGGAGGAUGGAAUCUUGGAGAUAUGAAAGUUAUAAGCCAUUGCAUAUGAGAACAAAAGGAGCCCCUUUAUGGUCUCAAAUAGGUGGUGUAUUUUAGCAGCCUGCACAUGGUCAUCCCAGAGAAAUGGCCGAGCCGGUUUUGUAGUUUUUACUUUUUACACUUCCAUUCGAGGGAAAUGGAUUCAAUAACCUGUUAAAAUGUUUACUGACAGUUUUAUCUUAACGAAGAAAUUGUUUGUAUCUAUGCAUGUUGCAUGCAUUCAA